AUGGAGCUCCAGACCGCUGUGGUGAUCGACAACGGCUCCGGUCUGAUCAAGUCGGGUAUCUCGGGAGACAAGGAGCCUCGAUCCAUCUUCACCAACGUGAUCGGCAAACCCCGGCAGAAAGCCCUCAUCAUCGGGGCCGGACAGAAAGACUUCUACAUCGGCGAGGAAGCUCAAGCCAAGAGAGGGGUCCUCUCCAUCAAGUACCCAGUGGAACAUGGCAUCGUCACGUCGUGGGACGACAUGGAGAAGAUCUGGAGGUACGUCUACGACAACGAUUUGAAGAUCAAGUCCAACGAGAGACCUGCUCUGAUGACCGAGGCCCCUUUGAACCCUCUGACCAACAGAGAGAAGAUGUGUCAGAUCCUCUUCGAGGGGUUUGAGUUGCCAGCCAUGUACGUGGCCAUUCAGGCGGUCCUGGCUCUCUACGCCUCCGGGAGAACGUCGGGAUGCGUGAUGGACAGCGGAGAUGGAGUGACACACACCGUGCCCAUCUACGAGGGUUACUGCCUGCCCCACGCCGUGCUGAGGCUGGAGCUGGGAGGCCGAGACCUCACCGAGUACCUGGUGAGGAUCCUGACGGAGAGCGGGGUCUCCUUCGUCAGCACGGCGGAGAAGGAGAUCGUGAGGGACAUCAAGGAGAAGCUGUGCUACGUGGCCGUGGACCUCCAAGCCGAGAUGUGCAAGAAGCCCUGCGACGUGGAGAAGGACUACAAGCUCCCAGACGGGCAGGUCAUCAAGAUCCAAAACCAACGCUUCCGUUGCCCAGAGACUCUCUUCAUCCCGGCCAACAUCGGCAUCGAAGCGCCGGGCAUCGACAAGCUGUGCUUUAACACCAUCAUGAAAUGUGACAUUGACCUGAGGCGGGAGCUGUACGCCAACAUUAUCCUGGCGGGGGGCUCCAGCAUGUUCCCAUGUUUGGAUGAGCGCAUGUUGAAGGAGAUGACCAAGAUGGUACCCACCGGCACUCCCAUCAAGGUCUGCGCUCCUUCUGAGAGAAAAUACUCCGUGUGGAUGGGAGGCUCCAUCCUGUCUUCUCUUUCCGCUUUCCAGCAAAUGUGGAUCUUGGCUUGCGAGUACAAGGAAGUGGGCGCCAACAUCGUGCACAGAAAGUGUUUCUAAAAUGUUUUAAAAUCCUACUGUAUUUAACAAAGAGAAAAGCAAAGUAC